CAAUCCAUAGGACAAAAAGGUCCCGACAGCCAGGAGACCAAGAUGGCGACCUGCUCUCUGUAUUCAACGCAUUCCAGUAUUUCUCCAGAAAAGUCCCUCUCCCUUUCAUAUACGACUCGAGCCGGUGUGGUCUGGUACUUUUCACACGAGUCUCUCAAGUGAGCACUACCGACUCUAUUUGAGUGUCCCAGCACCAUGGUUUCCAGGUUCUCGUUUCUUAUCGCCGCGAUAUGGAUGCUGGUGGGAGGAAACGCACAUACCGUCAUCACGUACCCAGGAUGGAGAGGAGAUAACCUGAUCACGAACGAGACCUUCCCCUAUGGCAUGCAAUGGAUGUAUCCUUGCGGCGGCAUGCCCACAACCACCAACCGAACCAAAUGGCCCAUAACUGGAGGAGCUAUCGCUGUACAGCCCGGCUGGUUCCAAGGGCAUGCCACAGCCUUUUUCUACAUGAACCUCGGGUUUGGGACCAACGGGCCCGACGGCGGACCACCAAACAUGUCGAACCCUAUGGUGCCAGUAUUCCAAAUUGUCGGGCCCUCGAGGAACCCAUACCCCGGAACGUUCUGUUUGCCGCAAGUGCCGCUGCCGGCGAACACGACGGUGAAUGUUGGGGAUAAUGCCACCAUACAAGUGGUAGAAACGGCUGUCCAUGGCGCUGCGCUGUUUUCCUGCGUCGACAUCACCUUCGCGCUCCCCGAAGACGUAGCCGAGGUCAACUCCUCGAACUGCUUCAACAGUUCCACCAUCUCCUUCAACAGUGUCUUCUCCGUGGCCCAGACCGCGACCUCAUCCGCCACUCGCACACUGGCUUCCGUAUCAACACUAUCGCUCUCAGCGCUCCUCAUGUGGGCUCUGCUAUAGAUAGUCAGUCAUUGUUAAGAUGGCGAGAGUGAUUUAGUUACCUAUGAAGGAGGAGAUGAGAUAAGAUACCACUUUUGCUGCUGGGUGCGCGGGCGUAUAUAGGCGUUCUGGAGUGCAGCGGAAAGCGGGAAUAGCGGGUAUAUAUACACUUUACAACAAUACUUCAUUAUAAUUCCUGAUUGUCUGUCUACCUUAGGUAGGUAGCAUUCAUUCAAAACUGUCCCAUUGCCCGACACGGGAACGAGGAAGGGGACAAGGUACGAAUAAUAGAUGUCUGGGACGAGAUACGAAUGAUACGAGACUAUUUCGUAGUUUCACAUGGCAUUCUUUUAAUCACGUUCAAAACCAGAAAUCGAUUCAGAUUCUAUGAUCUCUUAUCUGGGGUGCACUCUUUUCUUCUCUUACGCUUGCU